CAGAUUCAAGAUGGCUGCUGUAGCAAGCGAUGCGUCGAGUAUGUUAGCUGAAGCCUUACAGAAAAUGGAUGGUCUUAUCUCUGACGAUCAACUGAUUAUGGAAAGCCUGAAGACCCAACCUCACGCUUACUCGCCAAAAGAGAAAGUUGUUUCCCUGUUAGAGGAACUCAAAGGACUACUCGAAGAGAUUAAGGAUGAUGCCGUCGAGUGCACGAUCGAGAUCUCAGGUUCAACAAUCGCCUUUCUCACUGACUGGUUGCAUUCUUUACAGGUGACAACCUGUAGAGAUCUGCAAAAAGACGAACAACAAACGAUGACGAGUGGCGAGAAUCAUCUGUUGCGAAUCAGCAGACUACAGGACGAGAAAGAAUCUUUAAUCUUGCAAGUUAGCGUCCUAACAGAUCAAGUGGAAGCACAGGGUGAAAAGAUAAGAGAUCUUGAGUUUACUAAGGAGGAGCUGCAGAUAAAAUUAGAAGAGGCAGAACAAUUACUCGAGAGUGAAAUAAUUAAAACCACGAAUAUAUUAAAUGAAAAGCUGCAGCUAGUGACAGAAAUUUCAUCUCUGAAAUUGGCUCUUAAUAGUACACCAAAGACAGAAUCUAUGGGAUGCAAGGGAGACCAGGAAGCUCUUCUGGCUGAAAAAGAAAUGGAAAUUGAAAUGUUGAAAGACCACAUUGAAGUCCUUCUUGAUGAGCAGGAAAUAGCCAGCAGGUCACAUCACAGUGAAGGUCAACCACCCUCUGCACUAAAAUCUCAGCUAAGAGAAAAAGCUUCUGAGGUAAACCACCUAAAAAUGGAAGUUGAAACCUUAACAGCUGCCUGUAAGGAAAAGGAUAAAAAUAUUCGAGAACUUCAGCAAACUCUAGUAAAAUUCAAGAGAAUUGAGGAAAUGCUGAUGAAAGCAAAUCAAUGGAAAGGGUUUGAUAGUAGUCCAGUUGUAUCAUUGGAUGGUAUUGAUAGCAGUAGCAUACAUAGUGCUGACAUAGUGACAACAACCAGUAGUGCCAGCAGUCCAGAGCCAUAUGUUACCACUCCAAUUCAGAGUCAAGGAUUGUUCACAGAAUCAUACACCCAAGCUGUAAACAAUCCAGUGACACCUAGCUUAAAAGCACUCAAGACAGAAACACCUCCAGCUAGUCCUGCAAAUAGGAAAAGACAUGGAAUUAGGGCAUCAUUUGGCAAAGGGCUAAUGAAGCUAAGAGGCCAUAAAAGUUCAAGUGAACCUAAUUUAGCUGCAACAGAAUGUGAAGGAAAUAAAUGUUCACAAGUUAAGGAAAUCUCCAGAGAACAAGGAAACAUUAACUGCCAGAAUCAUGAAGAGGAAAAGAAAACAAACUUUGGAAAAUUUGGAAAAGCAAUUACUAAGCUGCGUAGGACAAAAUCCCUGGGAAUGAACCCUGUUGACAGGCUGGCUGUUGUAGAACCUGUUGAUCUGAAGAGUUACACUGGGUACAGUCACAACGAUUAUGGUGACCAAUUAGAACUUCCGUUCAGUCAGUGGAGCAGACAAAUGGUGCUAAGUUGGCUUGACGACCUUGGCUUAGGACACUACUCUGCACAAUGUGGAAGAGUGAUAACAUGUGGUCAGGACCUGCUUAAAGCAUCACCAGCCCAGCUUGAGAAAGAUAUGGGAUUGAAGAAUCCACUCCAUAGGAAGAAACUACAGUUAGCACUUCAGGCAUUAGUUUCAGAUGCAGCUGAUGUGAUGGGAAGGCUGAGUAACCACUGGGUGCUAGGUUGGCUGGAUGACAUUGGCUUGCCACAGUAUAAAGACUCCUUUAGUGAGGGUUCAGUUGAUGGUCGUAUGCUUAACUAUCUCACCUUUAGUGACUUGCUACACCUCAAAGUGCACAAUACACUCCACCACAUCACUUUGAAGAGAGCUAUACAGUGCCUCAGAUUACACAAUUUCCAUCCAAACUGUCUCAAGAGGCAUCCUGUGGAUGAGUCAUGGUUUAAAGGUGCCGAUGUACUGUUAUGGACCAACAGUCGAGUAACAGAAUGGUUGCGCCUGGUGGAUCUAGCAGAAUAUGCACCCAAUCUGCGAGGAAGUGGUGUACAUGGAUCACUGAUGAUACUGGAGCCACGUUUUACUGCAGAGAGCGUGGCAGCAUUGCUAUCCAUACCGAGCAGUAAAACACUUCUUCGGCGACACUUGGCUACUCAUUUCCAGUCCCUUGUGGGGACUGCGUGUCAUAGAGUGAAGGAAGAAGCAGCUGCUGACCCACUGUUUCCGCCUCUCAUGCCAGGAAUUAAGCAUAAGAUCGUCCGAAGAACAUCGUCAUUUAGUGCUCUCCGAAAGCGUGGGAAGGGGAACGUGGAACUGGAUGACUACGUAUGUCCUAUGGACUUAGAGGUUCCUCCAGCUUUGACGUCAUAUGUGGUACAGCGAAGUAGACGGUCAACUGAACGAAGUGAUGAAUGUGGCCCACGAUCAAGAAUAAAAUAUGAUGAAGAUAGCAACCUUCAGGGAGAUGACCACGUGACAGGGACAAUAGGAGCUUUCUCUCAGGAGCUUGAUUCACUUACACAUAUGUUGAAAGAGGAAAGGCACAAUACAGAUGAUGGUACUUAUGAAGUAUAACAGAGUGGUGUAUAGUAACUCAUCGUUGACUUUAAGAUAUUCGGCUUUUAGGUUGUAAAUCAUAGUAAUUAGCAAGAAGUAUUUCAUAUGUGUAAAGGAGAAUAAAUGUUCCACUUUUAUUGUUGACAUAAAUAUUUUUUUUAAAGAAUUUGAAGCUAUUUACUAUGAUUUUCUAAAUGCAUAGACGUAUUUGGAAUUCCAAACAUGUUUCAAACACCAAUCUAUUCAGUGGCACACCUCAAGUCUCCAGUACGGAUUGUUAGAAGUAGGGAGGAAUUCAGAACUGCCUCAAUAUCGUUUUGUUUUACUGUCUUUAUCUAGGCGACAUGCAUUUUGCUCACAGCUGUUGCCCUACCGUCCAAGAUACCCUCCUUUCUCCUCGCUUGAGUUCACUUCAUUUUGCUUAUAUGUCUUAUAUUGCAGCUCAGUUACUUUGAGAUAAUCCUAUUUAAUUUCACUGUGCUGUUUGCAUACUUGCAUAUUUUAACUAUUUGUUUGCAAUCGUUUCAUCCAUUUAGGUAGAUUUAAUGAUAAUUAGUGGAACUGAAACUGCUCCGAGACCUUCCGUUCAAGCUAGAAACCAAAUGAAAUUGAAGUUUUCUACCCACUCCGCCUCUAAAAUCUGUUAGUUUUGAAUGUGAAACAGACAUACCGUAUUCGAGAAACUCUCAAGACGUUGUAACCGAUAUACCCCUAUCUUUGUCGGGUUGAUGUAAUAAGCAAACAAAAGAAUUGAAUGUCUCACUGCUAGAACUAGAUCUAUCAUUUUUUAAGUACGUACCAUAUAAGAAUUUUAAAUACUCCUUUUAUUAGAGUCUAGCUUCGAACUAGAAGAUAAAAUACUGUAAUUUCGUUUUUAGUGUCGAUGUAACACAACAAUCGUUGUAAUGCUUGAGUGAAAUGCGCAUUGGAUAGUUUGGUCAUAAGAAGCCAUAACUGUUUUAACGAUUUGCAGUUAACUUGACUUUUAUGUCCUAGAAUUCCGUUUGGUUAAAGAAUCAGAUUUACUUCUAUAACAAGUUUUACUGAAUUAAAUGACUUAAUUAUAGCUUUCCUAUUUUUAUAAUAAACGUGGUUGUUUCGUUAA